CGGUUCGGUUAGUGUUUAUAAACGUAUAACUUAAAAAGGUUAGAGAAAGAAGACGUACAUACAAAUGUCCCUGCUUCGAAACUUCUUCUCCUUCACCUUCUCUGCAAAUUCAAUAAUCACAAAACCCUAUUUUGCAAUCCCAAUCAAAGCCAUGGAAGCUACCUCUGAACUCAAUCUCAAUUACCCAAAACCCAUAUCAGCUCCUCCACCUCCAAUCUCCAAAGACAUUGAACUCAGAAGAGCAAUGGAAGCUUCAUCAAAAUCAAGUCUCUUCAAUCUUACAAGAGACGAUAUACUAUACGAAGACGAAUACCUAAUGGCUGUGAAUAAACCAAAAGGUGUUUAUUGUGAAGCUGUUCUUCGCUCUGCUCCUCAAAUUGUUCUUGAUUCUUCGAGUGAGUAUCAUUUAGCGAAUAGAUUAGAUCGUGAUACUAGUGGUGUAAUGAUUAUUACUAAGUCACAUAAAGUCGCUGCUAAGCUUGUUAAGGCAUUCACAGAACAUAAGAUUCGUAAAUCAUACAUUGCUCUUUGUAUUGGUUCAUCUCCAAAUUGGAGGAGGGUCACGGUUAGUUCAGGUCAUGGACGGUCGAAACACGGAGCUUGGCGGGUUUACGCUGCGUUAGACGUUGGUAGAGUUUUACCUGGUGGAUCUUUUGUUAGAGAUAUGGAGACAACGUUUGAAGUUGUAUCUGUAAACAGUGUGAAAAACGAAUCUUGUGAACUGGAAGAUGUGAAUCAUGUGAUUGUUGCUGAGGGGGAGAGGGAAUUGAGUUGUGGUGGAGAUGAUGAUGAUGUUGUUGUUGUGGUUAGGGCGUUUCCGCGAAGUGGGAGGACGCAUCAGAUUAGGUUACAUUGUCAGUAUCUUGGGAUUCCUAUUAGAGGAGAUGUUAAGUAUCAUGGAGUGUAUGAGUGGAAUGGAAGAACAUUUGAGGGGCAUGAGCUUCACGCUGAGUGUUUAUCGUUAGAUCAUCCGGUUACGGGUGAUUCUAUUGUUAUUCGAGCUCCUCUUCCGUAUUGGGCAGCCGGAGAUUGAAAAUGUAACGGUUAAGGGAUAGAGUUGAAUGGUUAGUGUGAAGAUUUUGACCUUUGUUUAACAAUUUGUUUUCCAGAAUCUCAUUUCUUCAGUGUCAAAGAUGGAAGAUUUGUUUCCGAAAAUGCGCGGGGAAUUUGUGUAGCUCAAUACAAAAACAUUGGCAAGAAGGAAGUACAUUGAAUACAAUCCUCUGUUUGCUUUUGUUUUCUCGUCCUUUCUUUUUGUAAACUACACAAUAUGAUAGUCCAUUUUUGCGCUGAACUCUCGAUAGCACAAUGUGUUUCUCAUACGAAGUCUGCAGCAACAACUUGUGCUAGGCUUCUAUGAUUUUUCUUUUGUUUCAUUGUCACCAGUUUUAUGUUUGUUGUGACAAAGGUCAGUGAAGAAUAAACAAACCAAUGGAAAUCAGUUAAGCC